AAGACAGUCACCCCUCCCCCUCCUUCGCGCCUUCGUUAUUAUUCGUUUCUGAGUUGAUCAAUUCCGGUCAUUACCAGGGCAUUUGAACUACUGGUCUUAACGCUUGGAUUUGAGAUCCUUUUUAAGGAGGGAUAUUGUCGUUGGAUACUGUUUGAUCGGUCUGAAAUUGUUCAUGGCCUAGCUUUUUACGACUCGCUACGUUCCUCGUCCCUCUCUCUCUUUCAAGAAGCGUUAACCACCACCAUGCCUCCUAAGGCUGCUCCUCGCAGAGCGCCAGGACGGCGCCCGGGGACCGCUGGUGAAUCUUCCGCCGAACCCACUCCCCAGAAUGCCUCUGCCUCGACGUCUGAAGCGCGAGCGACGCCGACUCCAGGACCAGCGAGCGCCUCUGGCCGUCCUCCAGUGCAGCGUCUCCAAUCCCUGAAGAAGGGCACACCGAGCGGAAGCAUUGCGCGGGCGCAGUCCUCCGGUCUCGGUAACGAUGGUCCCCAGAAGCCAGUAUUGAAGUACCAGCCGCGUGCGGUGGGUAGAAGGAGCAAAGAAGAGCGAGAGGCGAUGGAGAAACUCGAGGCAGAGAGACUUCGUGAGCGGUUGGCGGAAGCGGCGGCCAUUCAGAGGGGAAGAGGAAAUCUUACACGAGGCAGGGGAGGGGCUAGAGGACGAGGUGGAUUCUUGGGCUCAGAUGUGGGCGGGCCUCUGGGAUCAGCUUUGGGAGGUAAGCGUGGUCGUGGGGGUCGCUUUGGGACAGAUUCAAGAGCUUCGUCUAUGUCCAGACGGAGUAAGUCCGUCAUUGGCGGAGCCAGCGGUGCUGGUGAUAUAUCGUCCGACGAGAGUGACUCCGGGAUCCGAGUCAGUAUCGAUCAGAUCAAUCUGAACAGUGAUGAAGAAUUCGAUGGAGUGGAUGAGUCCAAGGGCAAGGGCAAAAUGCCCGUCAAGGGCGCUGGACGAGGCAGGGAUAGGGGACUACGGCCGAUUCGAGUUGAGCGUCAUGAGCACGAAGACCGCGUUGUGAGCGUCAAUAUGGACGGGAGCGCCAGUACAUCAGCAGACUUGCGACGUCAAGCUCAGGAGAAGGCAGGUGAUGACAAUGCACUCUUUGUGGAAGAAGAGGUUACGCCACAGCCGACAGAUACAGAACCACAUAUCAAGAAGGAACCUACGGAUGGAGAUGAGAUCAUGACAGAUGCCAUUCCACGUGCUGAAGAAGCGGGUGAGACAUCCUUCAUCUCCGACGACGGCUUCCUCCCAACACAAAAAGUGAAAGUGCGUAGGAAGGUCAGCAUCAAAGACAAAGAGAAGGAAAAGGAAACGGCCCCGGCAGCAAAGGAUCCCCGCAGCCUGCUACGAACCAAAGAAGAGAUCGAAGAGUUUGAGCGCCACGAGAACGACCUGAAAGCUAUGAUUGACCUGCUGGCGGUAGAGGAGAAGCCGUCAGUGCUAGAGCCUGCGGUUGAAGCCGGAGAGGCCGGAGAAGCUGGAGCAGAGGCAGCAGAGAAGGAGCUCUCUACCGAAGAGCAGCUUGCCAAGGACAAGCACGCUGGUCAACUAUUCCUGCUUCAGUUCCCUCCUAUGACCCCGAACUUGAUUGCUGAAGGGGCAGAUGGCGCAGACGGUGGUGAACCCUCCGCGGAGACCGACCAUCCAGAUGGAACUGGCAUCGAGGGGAACGGAGCGGAAGUGGAGGAAAUUGAAGCCAAGACAGUCUCCCGGGAACCGGCCAAGGUCGUGACCGCGGCCAACCAGAAUCUCCGCGCAGGACGAGUUGGCAAGCUGAACCUACAUGCUUCAGGACGGGUGACGCUUGACUGGGGCGGAAUCAGCUUCGAAUUGGACCGUGCAACAGAGGUGGACUUUCUGCAGGAAGCUCUGAUCGUCUCCAACGCCUCUACAGCGACUGGCGAGGACGAGGAUGCAGAGGAGAAACGGGUAUGGGCUAUGGGUCAGUUGAGCGGGAAGUUUGUCGUCACCCCCAAUUGGGAAGCCAUCCUGUGAACAAAGAGAGACAAAUGGCCGCGUCAUCAUGUCUAUUAAUAUUUAUUUUGCUCUUUUUCACUCUUCGUCAGGAGACCGUCUGACAUAGCCAGUUGUGUUUCCCCGUUGGCUAGUUACAUACCGGCCCUGGAAGGUGGA